AUGUCUCGACAGUGGAUUCUAACCGGACAAGAAGGCUUCGAGACCUCCCUCGAGUACCAGCAGAAUGUUAAAGUUCCAUCUGCAAGCGAACUCGGACCCAAUGAUGUUCUAGUUCAGCUACACGCAGCCAGCCUUAACUAUCGAGAGCUUGUCAUUUCUGGCCCGGCCGGCAUCAACGGACCUAUCAACCCACCGAUCGUUCCCGGAUGCGAUGUCGCUGGUGUCGUCAAGGCUAUCGGCUCAGCUGUCCAACAAUUCCACGUUGGAGACCGUGUCAUCACAUACCUCGCACCCAAGCUCGUCGAGAGAGACGGUGAUGACGCAUUGGCUGGUUUGGCAGACGCUGUGCUCUGUCUUGGUCAAGGAGACGAUGGGACUUUGCGGUCAGACGCUGUGUUCCCGGAGGUUGGCCUUGUUCAUGCGCCCAAAUCGCUGGAAUGGCUGCCUGCUGCAACGCUGAGUUGCAACUGGACUACGGCCUGGAACGCCUUUUUUGGCCUGAAGGGCCAUCAUGUUGGACCUGAGUCCUGGGUCCUGGUCCAAGGGACUGGCGGCGUCAGUAUUGCCAGCUUGCAGCUCGCCGCUGCAGCUGGGGCCAACGUGGUCGCGACAACUUCCUCGGAUGAAAAGGCCGCUCGUCUCAAAGCUCUUGGUGCAAAGCACACCGUCAAUUACCGGACUAGCCCCGACUCCUGGGGCUCUGAAGCCCGCAGCUUCACUCCAGAUGGGCGGGGCUUCGACUUUGUCAUUGACAUUGGUGGCAAUGAAACACUCGCACAAUCCUUGGCCUCGGUGCGGGUUGAUGGCCUUGUGCAAGUGGUCGGCGGCGUUGGAGCAAACGCGGAUGCGGUGCCCCUCUUCGCUGUUCUCCUUCAUACCUGUCUCGUUCGUGGUAUCCUGGCUGGUAGUAGGACACAGCUCAAAGAAGCAGUGCGCUUUAUUGACGAGAAACGGAUUGUACCCGCUGUGGACGAUGUAGUGUUCGAGUUGGCCGAGGCAAAGGAAGCUUAUAGGCGCCUAAAAGAGAAGAAGCAUUUUGCCAAAGUGGUGAUCAAGAUUGAUCAUUCAGAGGUUUGA